GCUGGCUCGUCCUAGCAACUUACACACUCGGGCUGACAUUCAUUCAAUUAUGUUUUGCGAAGGUCCUAUCCGCUUUUUUCUUAACUUUGUGCGCUUAAGCACAAUAUGCAUGCUGGUCAUGGUAGCUGUCACCCAACUUAUAGAAACAUCACAACAAUCGAAGCAUACUCAGGUAUGGGUGAACGAUUUGUCGGGUACAAAUAACUAUGUCGACGGGUACGGCACACCUACGCAUUUCUUUGGUCCAGUUUGGAGUCUUUUCUCCCAUUUGGCUAUUUUCGUUCAGUGUUUCAUACUCGUUGUUGCUGAGAUUAGGGACAAUGUUUAUGAUAAUCACAUACCACUUAUUGGAAGCAACUAUGGUUUGUUAUUCCCUUCAUUGUGGCAGUUUAGCUUGGUAUUUACUGGUUUGUCACAUCAUCAUUAUCGCAAAUCCGCUUUGGUGAGCUUAUACGCGUUAGCUAUCCUAGCAUGCAUCAAUUUGUUACUAGGUUUGGUUGGAAUCAGAGUCAAGCAUGCGAGAAGUCUCUGCACUGUGGAAGCAUGGUGUAGUGUUCUUCCACCUCCCUUCUCAUGGAUCGUUCAGAUGAUAUCAAAGUGCACUCAGUCGAGAAGAGUAUCACAGGAGAUGCGAGACAAGACGCGCUGGUCAUUCCUAAGUGCAUCUGCAGCUUCCGACAAUAGCACAUCGAGAAAGGGAAGUAUUGUCAAGACGAUGGAAAAGGUGUACGACAGGUACAGCAUGCGCAACGAGCCAUUUAGAAGUAGUGAGACGCCUCUUCCUCGCUAUUCUGACGAGAAGCACAACCAUAGUCGCGAAGAUAGUGCUGAAAAAGCGUCACUCUCAUCAAAGCGUUCGGUCAAAUUCAGUGAAAGACCUUCUAGCGUCAUACCAUCAUAAAUUCUUACUACGCCAACAUAAUCAUAGAAAUAUAUCAUCAUUGACAUUUUAUUUAUUUAACAUUCGUUAAUUUCUGAUUUUACAAUCCCAUUUGUGAAGUUUCCUUAACAAGACCUGCGAUACCAGAACCACCUGAGUUGAUAUCCCAGAUGACAAUCUUUCCAUCUCUACCAGCAGUAGAAACGUGUGUAAUGUUACCAGGAACACCUGCAAAUGGUCGAACUGAUGUAAUGGUGUUUUGAUGAACAGUUGUAAGAACGGUAUCACCAGCUCCAACACCAGUAACACCGCCUGUGGCACCCAUACUAUCAGCCGCUUUGAAGGCAUUGAAAGCGGUGUUGUUGAGUCUACCAGCUACGCUUGCCUUGUUCGAUUGACUAGCUCCUGUCGCGUCAUCGAGCGAUUUUACGAAUUCCCAGCUGUUGUUAUUGAUAAGACGAUACAGCAUUGGUUGGCAAUCAUGUCCAGCUGCAAUAAGACUGUCUUCAGUGAGGAAGGUAACAGAAGUGUGAGGGAGUGAAGCCAGACGGACAUUGAAUACAGAUGGUGGGUUGUCGACACCAGUUGGGUAUAUAAUACUAAGGUUGGAAUCAUGACUGACGAAAGCGAUAGCAUUGCCAGAUGGAGUGAAGCUUACUGAGUGUAUCCAUCCACUAGCAGGUGAUGCAUAUUCACCGCAGAUGGUAUUGAAUGGGAGACGCUCACCCCAAACACUUGGGGCAGGUUUCGAAUCGACGUCCUUAAUGUAAGCUGAGAAGACUCUUGCUCUUGAAUCCGCUGAACCUGCGACCAACAAGACGUUGUUUGGGUGCCAAUCGAGUGACAAAACGGUCGAUCUUAAUGGUUUCUUGAUAUGUUUAGCUACCCACCAAUCAGACUCAGGAUCAAAUGAGCAGACGGCGAUAGCACGUGCACCUGAUGCGACUGCGAACUUGUUCUCGAGUGGAGACCAUCUAACGAAAGUUGCUGAUCUGUUGAUACGCAAGAGAACCAAGGUAGGCUUCCACUGCCCGGCUUGGAAUGUCCAGACGUAUGCGUUACGGUCUUGUGAGCAAGUGACGAUUCUGUUUGAUUGCGGUGCCCAGUCAACGCUGGUGAUCAGUUUGUCGUGCUCUUUCAACUCAGCGGAGAGUGUCCAGGUAUUUGCACUCUUCUGGUAGAUUUGCAAUACGUUUGAAUUUGGACAGACGGCGAGUUGAGAUCUGUCUGCGUUGAAUGCGUAAGCUGUAACAGGUACAGCGAAAUCGAUUGGGAGAACUUCUGGUUUUGACAUUUUAUUUCUGAGGAC